GAAACAAGAAAGUAAUCUUUGGAGAGAAAAAAGUUCAAGUUGGAUGGUGAAGAUGGCGAUAAUUGGGAGAAAAGCUGCUGCUAAGCAGCUCUUUGCUUACUCUGCUGUCUUUGCAUUAGCCAUUUUGCUUUGCUGUGAAGAUAUGGCGUCAGCAUGGAAAAAUAUUUGCAAUCCUGGGGAUCUAUAUAUCGAUACCUGCUGCAAUAAAGUUAGCCCGGCCAGUUGCAACGGGGAUAACUACUGCAAGAAGUGGUGUAGAGAUCUAUGUUCGAGCAUGGGAGUAUUGGCCACCCAAGAUAGGUGCCAUAUAGAUGGAAGUGGGUCUACUUCAUGUAAGUGUUGUUGUCAAACAACACCACCAUCACCAUGUGAUCCUCCGUAUCCUCCUCAAGAUGAUUCUGAUUGGACUGGCCCUGCCCCAUAUGAUAAUCAAAUAUGUACGGCUGAUCAAACACAGAAAAAGAUUAAACGUACAGAUGGAAAAGAUUGCAUGAGCAAAUCUUUAUGUCCGGAAGAGUGUAAAAAAGAUGGGCUUUUAGCUGCGAGGACAGAGUGCGCUGCAAAUGUUGGUGAUAUCGCUGCUGGUGGUGAGUAUGCUUGGUAUGAAAUGUGUUGUUGUGGAACAAGCAUACCACCACCCCCUCCACCAUGCCCACCACCACCUCCACCUCCAUGCCCACCUCCACCUCCAUGCUCUUGUUGUAACACAGAUGUUAACGUUACGAUAUCAGUAAAGUCAGGGCAGGCCUCAAUUGGGCAGACACCAUCACCACCUUCAUCAACAUAUGGUGAACUUUAGAAUCAAGAAGUAAUCAUAUCACUAGAUGUUGUUUGUUCCGAGUUUGUCCCGGGAUAGUCAGCUGCACUUAAUAAACUGAAUCACGAGUUAAAGGUCUAGAAUCUGGAAAUCAGAACACCAUUUGAAUCAUGGGUCUUUAAAGUGGGGUUAUUUUUUAACUGGAAACGACCUUAAUCGUUAAAUUCUCCAUCUGUUUUUUGUUUGGGAAACCACCUAAUUAGUCGCUAUUCUCUAAAAAAAACUGUCCUUUGUUUCUUUCUUUCUUAAUGUAGUUUGUUUUUUAUUCUCUCUUA